AUGAACCUUCUUGAUCUGCCCACUGAAGUGGUCGUCAUGAUCACAAAAGCCCUCGACAAGGCAUCAGAUAUAAACGCCUUCGUCCGAACGUGUCGCACGGCCUACAUCCGUCUCAACAAUGUCCUCUACAAGUUCGAUGUUAAGAGAAGAGGUGGAAAAGCCUUGGCAUGGGCUGCGCAGAAGAACAACCAACAGACCACCAAGAACUCACUCAAGGCGGGCAUUAAAUCACUGAAUAAAUGGUUUCAAUGGCCUCUUACCAUUGUGUUACGCUCAGGCUACACAGACAUGGUGCGAUUGUUAUUGGACGAAGGCGUUGAUCCGGAUGCCAUACUUUAUGAAGGCUCUCGAAUUGCAACGACUGCUUUAUACAUAGCAGCUAGUUAUGGCCAUGAUGCUAUUGUCGAGCUCCUGAUCGGAAAGGGCGCAAAUGUCAAUCUCGAGAACUUUCCUAGGCAGCCGUUGGUGAUCGCUGUGACCAAUAAUAGGAAAGCUGUGGUCAGGCUUUUACUCGAGAAAGGCGCAAAUCCUAACGCCCGGCGACAUGAUAAUAUGACGGCACUUUGCAUUGCAGUGAUGAAGGGAUUCACGGAGAUUAUCAAGAUGCUACUGAACAAGGGUGCGCUUACAGAACUAGGUGGUCCCUGGACCGGUACUCCGCUUCAAGCAGCAGUAAGGAAAAACCACUUCAAGAUUACCGAGAUCUUACUAGAAAAAGGAGCAGAUGUGGAACUAGGGGACAGUCGUGAUCCCACUCCGCUGUUAAUGGCCGUGGAAUUAGGCUAUGAGCGAUUGCUGGGUCUGCUUUUGAAACAUGGAGCCAACCCGAACGCUCAGAAUUCCUUCCUUCUGCAUGUUGCCAUAUUCGACAACAAGAUAGCCAUGGUCCGGCUGCUUCUCGCCCACGGUGCCGACGUCAACCGCAAAAAUUCAGAGGGCCAAACCCCUUUGCUCUAUGCUAUGCUCCAGAGGAAAGACGAGAUCGUCGACUUUCUGUUGCUCUAUGAUGUUGACCCAGAUGCCGAAUGUCACUACGGCUUGAGACCCUUGUGGGAAGCUUAUCGACAGAACAGGGGAGAUUGGGCAAAGAUUUUAUGGCGAAAGUAUAAGAAACGCGAGUCGUCGCGCUCAUAG